AUGGAUCCAGCAAAGGAAGUCGAAGACCACUUGCUGUCGCUUCUGAAGCCUGUUAAUAUUGCUAUCGAUCGUGGUGACUCCGCCAUUCAACAGUUCUACCGCAAUGCCACGAUUUUUCUCACGGGUGGCUCCGGUUUUAUUGGGAAGCAAUUAGUAGAAAAGCUAUGCAGGUCAUGUGAAAUAACGAAAAUAUAUUUGCUGAUGCGACCAAAAAAGAAUAAGACUAUUCAACAACGACUCAAAAUUAUACUGAAUGAUCCUGUCUUCGAUGAACUUCGUAAAAAGAAGCCACAGUUUCAAGAUAACGUAGUGGCAGUAGAGGGGGAUGUAGCUGAUAUAAGACUGGGGCUUAGUGAUAUGGAUUGGACUAUGCUUGCUGAAGAGGUGAAUUUUAUUUUCCAUGUUGCAGCUACAGUCAGGUUUGAUGAGCCACUCAAAGUUGCAACCCUCAUUAACGUUCGUGGUCCCAGAGAAGCGCUUCAACUUGCUAAAGAGUGCAAAAAUUUUAAAUGCUUUACUCACACUUCGACUGCAUACGCUCAUGCAACCAUAAGCCGCAUUAAUGGAGAUGUUGAAGAAAAGUUCUAUCAAUGUCCUUUUCCACCUGAAGAGUUAAUCAGCAUGGCUGAAACUAUGGAUGAGAAUCAACUCUACGAAGUUGUAGCUAGUGCGAUGAAUGAAUGGCCUAAUACGUACACCUUUACUAAAGCCAUAGGUGAAGAAGUGAUCAGGACUUCAGGUCAGGAUCUCCCUAAAUGUAUUGUGAAGCCCCCAGUCGUUACAAGCACAUACUUGGAGCCGGCACCAGGAUGGAUCGAUUCCAAUGCUUGCUUGUCAUCACCAGUUGGAUUCAUGCUUGGUGCUGGUUUAGGAAUUCUUCACAUACAUUUGAUUGAUAAAGAUUUGAUUACAUGCUACGCCCCCGUGGACUUCGUGAACAACGCCAUUAUAGCAGCUCCUUGGGACACCGUUGAAAAGAAAGCCAAUGGUGAAACAGAAGUUCCUAUAUACACUGUCAGCACUUCUGGAUGUAAAAUUAAAUGGAGAUUAUUUAGUGAUUACCUUCGUUUAGAGGAAACACUUAAGCUGGCUUCAUCCGUGUCUGUCUGGUAUUGUUUUGGAAUCGAGACUACUAACAAUUUUGUAUACUGGUUAUUAACAUGGUUACUGCAUUACAUACCUGGGUAUAUAAUAGAUGGAUUUGUUGAUUUGCUGCGUAUAAGGCCGAAAGGAAUACCGCCUCUCAUGAAAGUCUACAGAAAAUUGUACAAAAUAACCAAGGCUUACCAAUAUUUCUGCACUAACAACUGGAAUUUCAGGGACGAUAAUUUGAAGGCUAUGAUUCAGAGAAUGACUCCACAAGACCGAAUUAUAUACAACUGUGAUGUCACGACAAUUAAUUUCGAUAAUUUAUUAAAGGCGUGGAUUAUUGGAUUGCGAAAGUUUAUUGUAAAAGAUGGGCUCCGUGGCAGCGAUAUUGGGUACAAAAAACAGAAAUAUUACUUCAAAUACGCCAAUAUUGUCUUCAUGUGUGUUUAUGGAUACCUCAUUUAUAUAACUCUUACUUCUAUAUUUAAAUUGUUAGCGUUUAUAGUUCUGUUUGCGUUUUAA